GAUAGAGCUAUCUAGAUAUAUUUAACGUCUAAGAAACAUCUGUCUCUUACAUGGGUGUUCUAUUGAGCUGUUUCGAAGAUAGAACCGUCUUUCUGUAGAUAUUGCUGAUAGAAGUUGAUGUUAAGAAAACGAAGUGCUGAAAUUUCUGCCAUGAAUUUCUUGCAACUCAUUUUUAGUUUCGUUUCCGUUGUUAUAGCUCAUGAAAGCGAAGAGAUAAAACGCCAGGCUCUGGAAAAUCCAGACCUUUAUGAAGGAGAUAUACUUGGUUUCGAAAAGAUUUUUGAAUGGGAACGUAACGGAAUGCCGGGCCUUAAGAAUAGGUGGCCCAAUGCCGAAGUGCCCUAUGUCAUAGAUUCUUCGCUAGCCAAGUAUCAAGGAGCCAUUCUAGAAGCUAUAGAAGAUUAUCAUAAUCAUACAUGCGUACGUUUCGUUCCAAGAACAAAUGAAAAGGAUUACGUGAAGAUUUUUUAUGGAAAAGGGUGCAACUCGCAUGUAGGAAGAAGUGGAGGUGAACAGGUGGUAUCCCUUGGAAAGGGUUGUCAUGAGGUCGGUACAAUAGUGCACGAAUUGGGCCACGUGCUUGGAUUUUACCAUGAGCACAGUAGAUCUGAUAGAGACGAUUACAUAAUCGUUCAUUUGGAAAAUGUGCAGAAAGGUAUGGAAUCGAAUUUCGAAAAAUUGGCACCUUCUCAAAAUAUCUUACUCUCUCCUUUUGAUUACGACUCCAUCAUGAUUUAUGGAAACGAAGCUUUCUCCAAGGACGGCAAAUCGCACACUUUGGACGCCAAGAAUGGACAGCAGCUGCUUUACCCUUACAAUAAAACUGGCAUGACCGAGUCGGACAUUCAGAGGGUUAAAAUGCUGUAUCACUGCUAAAUUAUUCUAAUAAACUUCGGCAUUCAAAUAUGCUCCACUGUCCCUAAAUGAUUUUGAACACUUUUUUUUAAAACACAGAUAUCUUAAAGAAAUAAAUAGUU